AUGGCCGUACAACUUUCUGCUUCAAUUAUUCUGUCUACCCUUGGUGUAUUGGUUGCAUCGGAUAAUAUUUCGAACAAACACAUGGUCAAAUCAUCAUCUGAUUCAGGUGUAUGUUUCUAUGGAGCGACUGCUGAAAGAGUUCUCAAUAUCUUAGCAACUGGGAAAUUCAUAACAGUUGAACAUGCAGUGCGUAAACCAAAGGACUGCUCAGACUUGGACCCUCACCAUGACCUUAGUGGAGUGUAUAGAAUAUAUCCAAAUACCGGAAAUGGAUUCAAGGUUUAUUGUGAUAUGAAGACUGACGGUGGGCGCUGGACUGUUCUUAUCAGACGAAUGGAUGGUUCUCAAGAUUUCAAUAAAAAAUGGAUAGAAUAUGAAAAUGGGUUUGGAAACUUAAAUCGGGAAUUUUGGUUAGGCGAUGCUCUUGCACCAACUCACAACGGUAUGAGGUUCACAACAUCUGACCAAGAUAAUGACAAUUGGAACAAAAAUUGUGCAUUACAUGGCAAAAAAGUUGGCGGGUGGUGGUUUAAUGCAUGUGAUUCUGCCUGCUUUACAUUAUCAUAUGCAAACAAUAAGAAAGGUUUGACUGGAGAGAAUGUUAUACAGUGGAGUACAUGGAAGGAUUCCCAAUUUUCCCUAAAAUACGCUGUGAUGAUGAUACGGAGAAUUUAA